AUGUCCAAAAUUGUGAUUUCACUUAUUUGUAUUUGCAAUGGUUCAUUUAGUUUUACAUUAUUUAAAUAACAUCCUUUCCCCAUCUAAUUCAUUUCUGACAACAAAUUCAUAAACAUCAGUGCGUCUUUGUCACUUUUUAUAAUCAUCAAAAUACUGUAAAAUACUUUUUACAGUAAGUACAUACUGUAUUUGGUUUAAAGAAGAACUGUGAGAAUCAUUUAGAACCAGGAAACGGUGAUAACGAGCAGCAAGAUGAUAUGAGGGAGCAAAACCCGCCCCCCUUCCUGCUUUUGCCAUUUGAUGUUGAGGCUGUGUUGCUAGGGGCAACCAUCUGAGCAAGAGAAAAUGGAGAAAUCGGGAAAUGGAGACAGCAAAGGUAUGGCUGGCAGAAAGUGAGCCAAAUGAGAUCAGCAAAGAGGAGAGAGAGACCCAACGCAUCAGCAUUCUCACGCCUCACUCUGCCUCACUCGACCGAGCAGAGCUGAUCAAAUCAGACGAUGGAGCAAAACAGUCAAGCAGAGGACACGACAGCCUGCCAGCAUCAGCAGCAUGGAGGCAAGGCUGCCCAAUCAUCAGCUGACAUGCCCACGAUCUCAGCGGCCAAUGAGAUGUCAGCAGGCUCCUCCCCUGCACAACUACUCAGAUGCAGAGACGGCACAAGCCCCGCUCAGCUCUCCUACUAAUGAAUGGAGCAGCUCCCCGGCUGCAUCACUGCUCAUCUCUGCACCGACUGCCCCGGCUGCUCCGACUCAGGAAGACGGAGGGAAAACAAGGACGGCAGCAGCAGCUGAAGACUGACCAUGAAGAGACGACAGAGAAGCAAAGACUACCUUGAGGGCACAGCAGAGACCAUGGCAGCAGCGAUUACAAACGUCGACCCACAUCCAGAUCUGCUCCCACCUAAUUCCCCUUCACCGUCCUCGAUUUCACCCCCUCUCCCUCCGUUAGCCAUGCCGCCUUCUACAUCUGCCUCAGCUCUCCUCGCUCUGGCCUCUCCAGCCACCAGACGCUCCAUUUCCAUGGGAGACUUCCGGAGGGUGACAGGGGCGCUACUAGCCGGUUCCGAUCCCCCGUCCACCUCGGCCACGGUGCCCUCCUCCAGACUUGUCACCCCCAGCUCCAGCAUGGAGUUCGAGGCGGCUCGGCGGCGGCUCCUGGAGGUGGAGGAGCGUCAGCGUGUCAUCAGAGAGAUGGAGCGGCGGCUGGAGGAGCUCAGACAAGUGUUUGUACACUCGGAACAGCAGGUGGUGGUCCAUGGGGAGCUGGUGUCGAGGAUUUCUAACGCAGCCCAGCAGGGGGAGCUGUACGUGGCCGAGAACAGCCAACGCCUGAAGAAAGGCCUGAAGUUCAAGAAACACCGACCCACCAUCGUCUUCUCCUCCAUGCUCGGACUCCGCACGUGCCUCCCCUGGCCUGUGAAGCUAAAAUAGUACGACGAGAACUGAUUUCAACUCUUGGAGACACAUGGAGAGACUUCCAUUCUUUGGCCAUCACACAUGGGCACUGCUGCUGUCAAAUUUCCACUGUUCUGCUAUUAUAUCCUGAGGCUGGUCCUCCCUCUCUUUAGAGUGCCUACAAUAAUCACAAAUGCUAGUAAGGAGCUUCGUGUUC